AUGAGUGAACCAAAGGCUUCUAAGAAAAAUGUUAUGUCUAUAGAUGAAGUAGAGGAAGUAGAGAGACAAAAAGACCAGAAAGUGAAGGAUAAGGGAGAAGAUAAAGAUAAAGUUUAUGUUCCACCCUCUCCUUAUAAACCACCAAUUCCAUACCCACAAAGACUUAAACAGACAAAAAUUGAUAACCAAUAUAAAAAGUUUAUAAAAGUGAUCGAGAAACUCCACAUAGAAGUCCCUUUCACCGAAGCCAUCACCCAAAUACCAUCUUAUGCUAAAUUCCUUAAGGACAUCUUGAUCAACAAACGUAAGUUGGAUGAUCCCAAACCUUUAGAAUGCAACUCCAUUGCUGAGAAUAAACUUGCUAAGAAGGAGAAAGAUCCUGGGAGCUUUUCCAUACCUUGUAUUUUAGGGAAUCAUGUUAUAGACAAAGCGUUCCUAAACUUGGGAGCAAGCGUAAGCCUGAUGCCUUUAGCAGUUUGUAGAAGGCUAAACCUAGGAGAAUCACAACUGACUAAGAUGUCUCUUCAAUUAGCCGAUAGAUCUGUAAAAUACCCAGUAGGCAUAUUAGAAGACAUUCCAGUUAGAAUCAGAUAA